AGUUUUUUAGUGUGUCAGGAGUGGGCAUUGGUAUCGGUAUCAUCGUAUCUUGCCUUGCCAGUAGUGUCAACAACGAAAUAAAGAAUCGUCAACGAAAAUAGUUUUCCGUUCUGUCGUACUCGGUUUUUUUCCACGCGAACGACCUUUGGAAACCCAAACCCCCAGCAAGUGCCGAAAGUUCCGCUAAAGCCCGAAACCACAACAAACGAAUUCGCAAGUAACCCAAUGUCAAUGACCUAAAUUCGGGGUUUCUCGGAAAAACGAAGUGGGAAAAACCAAAUCAAGUCAAUGCAAAUACAAGUUGCUGCUGCAUCUUCAGCAUCUUCAGCGUCUUCGAUUAUAGCCAAUAGCAUCGGCUGUAUGUUUCUUUAACAAUUCUGCAGCGCACUCAAGCUUGGAAGUUAUCGUAAAUCGGUCUUGUUCACCCCCCACCCAACCCACAGGAUACACCUGCUGAACUCUUUUUGUACAAAACCAACCUAAAGCAACCUCCAGGACAAGCGACUCAUGGAAACAUGGACAGACGCUCAACGGCGACAGAAGGAUUUUCAACUAGCUUUUCGAAGGACUUAAUUGCAUAAAUUUAUAUGAACAAUUCAGCAGCUUCCAACUAGGGAAAAUCAGAGUAAUCACUUCCAAACCAAAAGCAUAUAUAUAUAUAUAUAUAUAAUAGAGGGGACACACCGCCCUUGGAAACUCGAGCGCACACUGCAAAUGACAAAGAACUGCUUCCUACUUUAACUUAAGCGCAGGACUCGAACCGCAGGAUAAUAAUAACAUAAAAGAAAGACAGCUACAAAAAAGGCAACAAACAAUCGAACAUGUCACACGCGGCAGCCAACAAAGCGGAAACGGAAGCAGUCCCAAACAGCAGCCUCAAACAGUCCGCCGCCCCCCAGCCCGCAAACAGUCACGAUGCCAAGCUGCUCAACGGCACCUUGGCCCGCACCAACGGCCUAACCCAUGCCGCCAGCGUGGCCACCUCCUCCUCCGGCUACGGCAGCUCCAGUGGCCCCGGCUUGGGCGCGGGCUCCGGCGGAGCCACCUCAUCCGCAUCCGCAUCCUCAGCCGCGGCGGCGGCGGUGGCCGCCUCGACGGCCCUGCCCUUGCCGCCCAGCAGCAACGGCCUCCAGAUGCCCUACGAGCGGUUCCGGGCGGACGACACCAGCUACGUGCCCAUCGGCCAGUUCUACGCGGGACGCAGCGUCUUCAUCACGGGCGGCACUGGCUUCAUGGGAAAGGUGCUGGUGGAGAAGCUACUGCGCUCGUGUCCGGACAUAAGGAAUAUAUAUCUACUGAUACGACCGAAACGCGGUCAAGAAGUGUCGGCUCGUCUCACGGAACUGCUGAAUGCACCACUCUUCGAAUCACUGCGUCAGGAGAAGCCCAAGGAGCUGAGCAAAGUCAUACCCAUUUCGGGCGAUAUUACUUCCGAGGAGCUUGGUAUUUCAGAGAAAGAUCAGAACCUACUGUGUCGCAAUGUUUCCGUUGUCUUUCAUUCGGCUGCCACUGUGAAAUUCGACGAGAAGCUCAAGCUGUCUGUCACAAUCAAUAUGCUGGGCACGAAACGUCUCGUCGAGCUCUGCCAUCGCAUGCUGUCACUGGACGCACUUAUCCAUGUAUCCACUGCCUAUUGCAAUUGCGAUAGAACCGAUGUGUCUGAGGUUAUCUAUGCACCGCCCUAUAAUCCCGACGAUAUCAUUUCACUAAUCAACUGGCUUCCGGAGGAUAUACUUGAUCAGCUAACACCGAGCCUCAUUGGCAAGCGCCCCAAUACGUACACAUUUACAAAAGCCUUAGCGGAGCAUAUGUUACUUAAGGAGGCUGGUAAUCUGCCCGUUGCCAUUGUGAGGCCAUCGAUUGUGACUGCCAGUCUGAAUGAGCCGUUUGCCGGAUGGGUGGACAACUUCAAUGGGCCAACGGGCCUGGUUUCGGCGCUGGCCAAGGGCAUGUUCCGCACGAUGAUGUGCGAGAAGAACUAUGUGGCCGAUAUGGUACCUGUCGAUAUUGUGAUUAACCUGAUGAUCGCCGCCGCCUGGCGCACAGCGACCCGCAAGUCCAACAACCUACUCAUCUACAAUUGUUGCACCGGCCAGCGCAAUCCCAUCAUCUGGUCGGAGUUUGUCAAACACGCCAUGACGAGUGUGCGCAAGCAUCCCCUGGAGGGCUGCCUGUGGUAUCCGACUGGCGACCUGCGCAUGAACCGCCCCAUGAAUACGCUAAAUUGUAUAGCCAAGCACUUUUUACCGGCCUACAUUCUGGACGGAGUGGCAAGAAUCAUGGGCAAGAAGCCAUUCGUUGUCAACGUACAAAACAAAAUUGCCAAAGCUGUGGAAUGCCUCGAGUACUUCGCCACACGCCAAUGGCGCUUCAAGGACGACAACGUCCACGCCCUGCUCCACACGCUGAGUCCCAAGGAUCGCGAGAUCUUCGUCUUCGACGUGCGCCACAUCAACUGGGACAAGUACGUGGAGCGCUACGUACUGGGCUUCAGGGAGUUCCUGUUCAAGCAGCGGCCCGAAUCGCUACCGGCCAGCAGAAAGCGCAUGCUCAGGCUCUACUAUCUGCAUCAGCUGACCAAACUGGUGGCGGUGCUGCUCACCUGGCGCUUCCUCAUGUCGCGCUCGAAGCGCCUGAACGACUUGUGGAGCUCCUUCCUGGAGAACGCGCUCAAGAUGGCGCGCUUGAUACCCUUUUUGUAAUUAAGUGCGGAUGGCGACCGGUGUGGAAGCUUGGAGACAGCAACUGCGGACAUAUGUAUAUGCGCUGGGAUCUGGCAGGAUCUGCGACGUUCUUCUUCUUUGCGAUUUCUAAAUGCUUUAACAUGGCGUACAUUUUAGAGGUUUUUA